GGGUCAAUCUCAAAAAACAUUAACAAACGUUGUUUGUAUCGCCUCUUCCUCCUUGUCUCUCUCAUCACUCUCUUGUUACCAAACCCCUCCUCUCACUCUCCUGUUCCCCUAAACCUUAAUAACACACCCAAAAAAAAAACAAGAAAAAAAAAAUCAGAAAUAAGUCCCCUUUUCAAUCUUGCAAACCCAGAAAAUCUGAUAAAAUCUUAUUCAUCUAAAAGAACCCAGAAAGAAUUGAAUGCUUCUGAGUUAGAUUGAUGGGGGAUCUUCAAGAAGUGAGUGUGUUCUUUGCAGAACAAGAAGCGUCAAAUCCGUCAAUCUCUGAUAUAAGUGACAAAAGCUGGGGUGUAGCAGAUACAAUCACCAGCAGCAUCAUUUUCAGCUUGAGGCCUACAGUCCUUGCUGAUAGAAAGAGGAAUGAAGUCAUCAAAUUUAUUCAUAGCCUCGUCAAAAGAAUUUGUCAUGUGGAGGUCCUUCCUUACGGAUCAGUUCCCUUGAAAACGUACCUUCCUGAUGGGGACAUUGAUAUGACUGCAUUUUCUGGUGCGAAUGUUGAGGAGGCAGUAGCCAGUGAAAUAGUUUCAGAACUACAGAGACAAGAAAAGGAUAGCAAGGCCGAGUUCGUUGUCAAGGAGAUUCGAUUAAUAAAUGCAGAGGUCAAGCUAGUGAAGUGCCUUGUGGAAAAUAUUGUUGUGGAUAUAUCUUUUAAUCAGAUAGGAGGACUAUGUACUCUUUGCUUUCUUGAGCAAGUUGAUCGUGUCAUUGGAAAAGAUCAUCUUUUUAAGCGUAGCAUUCUACUGAUUAAAGCAUGGUGUUAUUAUGAAAGUCGUAUUCUUGGGGCGCAUCACGGCUUAAUAUCGACAUAUGCAUUGGAGACGUUAGUUCUGUACGUCUUUCAACUCUUCCACUCAACACUAGAUGGUCCAUUAGCUGUUCUAUAUAAAUUUUUGGACUACUAUAGUAAAUUUGAUUGGAAAACCUACUGCAUUACUUUACGUGGUCCAGUUCGUCUUUCAUCGUUGCCAAAAUUUGAGACUGUAUUACCUGAAAAUCUUGUGGGUGGGCUAUUGUUGACUGAGAAUUUCUAUAGGCAUUGUGUGGAUGCAUUUUCAGUCCCCUUAAAGAAUGUUGGAAUGCAGACUGGAACCUUUCAUAAAAAGCAUCUGAACAUAAUUGAUCCACUUAAUGAUUUUAACAACUUGGGUCGCAGUGUUAGUGAAGGAAAUUUUUAUCGAAUAAAGAGUGCUUUCAAAUUCGGGGCUCGGAAACUUGGACACAUACUUCUGCAGUCCGAAGACAGUAUAGCUGCCGAAAUUUGUAUGUUUUUAUCUAAUACAUUAGAUAGGCAUGGAAGUAGACAAAGGCCUGAUGUUCAAGACGAGGCAACUCAUACAUCAGCUCCCAGUCUAACUCAUCCUGCAACUUCGGACCAGGAUGGAGUCCGUAUCUUUACAGCAUUAGAUGCUGGAAUGAAUUUCAGAACUUUAAAUGAAAAGCAGACAGGCUCUACGCAUUGGUCAACAGAUGUUGAUGGUUCUGCGAUAGAGUGCAAUAUGCUCAACCCAAAGUACCACUUAUCUGGGGAUGCUGAAGAUGAUGCAAUUUCCGGAGUACAAGGUCUUCAAAUUCAGAAUGAAUCACAAAAUAACUCAAGUACAUGUAUGGAAAAAACUGAUCUUCAAGAAGGAAAACCCCCCUAUGCACCCCAUCUUUAUUUUGGUAAACCCUCUUUAGGUUGUGGGGAGUUGAAAACCCAGUCAAAAGACCAUGAUAAUAUAGCUUCUUAUGCGGUUCUACAAGAAUCCGAAGAACGGAAGGGCACUGAUAAAGGUCAUGACCUGGGUAGUGAGGUCCAGGGACAUGUUAUAUCAGUGGAUGUUCCCUCCGCAGAUUCACAUACAGCAAGUCUUGAACUAUUAGACUCAUCGUUAGAUCUUCUUGGGGACUUUGACUCUCACUUCCAUUUUUUGCGAUAUGGCCAGUGGUUCCUGGAUGUUAGGUCGAAUAUGCAUUCCUGGCCAGUACCUUUACCACCACUGCCGCCGCCUCCGCCAUCACCACUUCAUUUAUAUAGCAUGAAUCCCUGGGAGGCUAUGCAACAUCCAUCAUUACAAAAUGGGUUUCCAAAUGGAAAUGUCAAUGGCUUAGUCCAUGGUCCAGGGUUCUAUCCUCCUAUGAACCCAAUGAUUAUGCCUCAUUCGUCUUAUGGCUUUGAAGAAAUGUCAAAGCCACGUGGAACUGGAACAUACUUUCCUAAUCUGAAUCGCUCCCCACGUGGUUAUAGGCCAUCAACAUUUAAAGGAAGGAUUAAGGCACCAGCAAGGUCCCCCAGAAGCAAUGGCCAGGGAUCGAGAUUUAUUGAAUUUCCUGUCGAACAGAAUGUUGGGUUGCUCGGGUAUCUAGAUGGACAGCACUCUGAUCAAUGGAGAAAUGUAAAUGGUCCUAUCGUGCAACCCAAUGGAGUUAUUGACUAUCCUCCCUUUUUUCAUGCACUACCUGGAGCACACUUUCAGGAGAGCAUUAGGCAGCCGAGACCUGAUUUAUUACUGGAAAGUGUCAACCCUGUACUUCCUACUCGAGGCAUUCGGAAUCCUGGAGCUGAUGUUGGUCUUGGUGAUGUUAGGUCCACGCGGCGGCCAUCAUCUUACUAUUUGAAAGAUGAAGAUGACUUCCCACCUUUGUCCAGUUGAUUGUGGAGGGAAGAGGUUUAGUGGUGAUUGCUAGCUAAUAAGUGGAUCUGAGACGUGCUACUCUUUGGGGGUCAGUGCAGAGAGUUAUGUUACUUUGUACAUGGUCUUCCAGUUUGUUGUUUAGAUGAAAAAUAUUCUUCUCUGCAGCAGGUUUUGGGAGUUAUAGGAUGUUGAAGUAUGGUCUGACCCUUUUCAUUGUUCACAUUGAUAUCCAUUAUAUAGGUAGUUUAUAGGUGUAAAGCUAACUCUGCCUCCUUUUUUGUCAAUCGUGAUUUCUUAGAAUGAUAUUCAGCCUUCAAGUGAUAA